GAUUCAUUUCUUAUAAGACUGACGCCAGGGCUUGGCAGUUUUGAUUAUUGUUCACUACUGUUCAGUCGAGGAAAAAAUAUUCGAUUCGCCAUGGCGCUGAAAUUGUUAGUUGGGCAAAAAAUUAUGAACGAGGUGGUUCGCUACAACGGAUCACCAAGUAAAACACGAGCCAACGGAAAACCGGGGACGGAAUGGAGAAUCUUAAUAGUUGACAAACUUGCCAUGCGCAUGGUCUCCGCAUGCACUAAAAUGCACGAAAUCAGCGCCGAAGGAAUAACACUUGUUGAAGACAUCAACAAAAAAAGAGAACCACUACCAGCAAUUGAAGCGGUCUAUCUAAUCACUCCAUCUGAAGAUUCCAUCCGUUUGCUGAUGAGAGAUUUCGAAAAUCCGGCUAAGCCAACGUAUAAAGCUGCUCACGUCUUUUUCACCGAAGUUUGCCCGGAAGAACUAUUCAAUGACAUUUGUAAAUCUGUAGUAUCGAGGAAAAUCAAAACUCUUAAGGAAAUCAACAUUGCUUUCCUUCCAUAUGAAUCCCAAGUAUAUUCUCUGGACUCGCCUGUUACAUUCCAAUGUGCGUAUUCCCCAACAUUGUCUUCAGCUCGUUAUGGUAACAUGGAGCGCAUUGCUGAACAAAUUGCAACAUUGUGCGCAACUUUGGGGGAGUAUCCUUCUGUGCGUUAUAGAAGUGAAUGGGAUGGUAAUGUUGAACUGGCACAGAUGGUGCAACAAAAGCUCGAUGCGUACAAAGCUGAUGAGCCAACCAUGGGUGAAGGGCCAGAGAAAGCCCGAUCUCAACUGGUUAUUUUAGAUCGCGGAUUUGACUGUGUUUCUCCUUUACUUCACGAGCUGACUUUGCAGGCGAUGGCUUACGAUUUAUUGCCAAUAGUCAAUGAUGUUUACAAAUUUGAACCAUCGCCAAAUGCUGCUGAAAAGGAGGUUUUGUUGGACGAGAAUGAUGAUCUCUGGGUUGAUCUGCGCCAUCAACAUAUUGCUGUGGUGUCACAAAGCGUUACACAAUAUUUGAAAACAUUUACCGAAUCAAAACGAUUGACCCAAAGUGAAAAACAAUCGAUGAAAGAUUUAUCUCAGAUGAUCAAAAAAAUGCCUCAAUAUCAAAAGCAGUUGUCGAAAUAUUCAACUCAUUUGCAUUUGGCCGAAGAUUGCAUGAAAGCUUAUCAGGGUUAUGUUGAUAAAUUGUGCCGUGUAGAACAAGAUUUGGCAAUGGGCACUGACGCUGAAGGAGAAAAGAUUAAGGAUCAUAUGCGCAACAUUGUGCCAAUUUUAUUAGAUUCAACUGUCUCUAAUUACGAUAAAGUUCGUAUAAUUGCCCUUUACGUUAUGAUCAAAAAUGGUAUUUCCGAAGAAAAUUUGACGAAACUAGUAACGCAUGCUCAAAUCGAGCCAAAAGAACGAGAAAUGAUUACUAACUUGAACUACUUGGGAAUAAACGUUAUUGCAGAUGGCAACCGCAAAAAGCCUUACACUGUACCACGUAAAGAACGCAUUAACGAGCAUACCUACCAAAUGUCACGCUGGACACCCGUUAUCAAGGAUAUCAUGGAAGACGCUAUCGACAAUAAGUUAGAUGAACGCCAUUUCCCUUUCCUCAUUGGCAAGAAAACAGCCGGAUUCCACGCGCCUACAAGCGCUCGCUACGGCCAUUGGCACAAGGAUAAAUCUCAAACAGCGGUCAAAAACGUGCCACGUUUGAUUGUGUUUGUUGUUGGAGGAUGUAGCUAUUCUGAAAUACGAUGCGCCUAUGAAGUGACCGCUGCAGUUAAGAACUGGGAAGUCUACAUUGGAUCGUCACAUAUUCUCAUACCCGAAACAUUCCUCAGUGAUUUAGGUUCUCUCAAUAAAGAGUAAAUAUCAAAGCCUUGUGUUGAAGUAUUUACGCAUUCAAUGUUAUAAUUACAUCACUGCAUUUGAAAUGAUGCUAUCUAAGAAAUUUCUAGUUACACGAAUGCUAAGUUUGUAAAGUAUUUCCUAAUAUCUGAUAUCAAACUGUCAUAGUCCAUCUAUAAGCUUCACUGUUAUUAUUUUAGAGCUUUGUAUAUAAUCUGUAUUCAAAAUAAUAGCUGUUAUUUAUUGGAUCGUUUUGAAAUUCAAAUUAAAAUAAAAUCUAUCGUUAUAAUUCACAUACGCAAGAAAAUGAUACCCAUAAAGCUACAUUUCCAGUUUCAUUCAGAUUACAACCGUAGUAUAGAAAACGUGUGGAUCAAAAACAAAAAAAAAAUGUAAAACA